CGGGACUCAGUGGCGCGGCGAGGCUGCGGGGCCACCUGCCUCCAUGGACAGCGGCGCACUCUGAUCGUCCGUAGGUGCCCGGCUCCGUGGGUAGGGCACAGACAAGACAUGGCGAGAAAGGCGCUCUCAGUGCCGACACUGCUCCUUCUCUGGGCCAGCGCCUCAGUGCCGAUCGCAGGCAGUUCCAGCGUUCAAUCUCAGUCCGAUGGUGAGGGUGCUUGGAUCCCCUGGUGGCGGCCGGCCAGCUCCGACCCUAGUGCCGGCACGCAGCGCCCCCAAAUGCAGCAUGUCAUCCAGCCCAGCGCAAAUCUGAACGCAGGUGACCUGGACUGCAUGACCGACCUCGGUCUGGCCGAUGGCACUAUUCCCGACCAGAACAUCACCGGGUGGCCCAAUGUGAGCUUCUCCGGGGCUCCCGAGUACAGCUCGCCGUCUGGAGCUCGGCUCAAUGCGGCCUCGGCCUGGUGCGUCAACGCCUCCAGCUUCCCGGAGCAGGACGCCACGCUGACGAUCGACCUGGGCUCCAGCCGCCUGAUCUCAGGUUUCCGAGUGCAGCCCGCUCCUGCCGAGGUGCACAGCAGAGACUACAGCAGCUUCGCGGCGCUCGAGUACAGUCUGGACGGCGACGCGUGGACCCUCUGCUGCAGCAUGGAGACGGUCGGCGUCUCCCACUCGGUCAGUCGGGUGGCGCACACUCACCGUACCGUAUAG